ACCUUAAAAUACUGGACCCUAAUAGCUGUUUUAAGAAGAAAUAGAAUUUAUGACUUUAAAUGUUCCGAGUCACUCUUGUCAUCUUUCCCACCUCGGUGGUGCGUUAGAAGUUAACUGAAGAAACUAUCAAUGAUCAUACUUCACAUUGAAAGUAAAGCCUGGAGACAAGAUUGCCCCAUUUUAAGAAGUUUUGAUGGCAGAAAAACGAAGACCCUACAGUGCCGAGGAAACAAUGGAGGAACUCAUGGGACCUGAUGGGAAAAAAUGGGCCAGUAUGGUUCCAGAAGAACGAAUGUUAGCAGCAGCUACAGCUUUUACCCAGACCUGGGCAGGGCAGGGGGAGGGAGAUAUUGGAAGAGAUGCCCAGUCUACCCACUACGAUCCCUACAGUAAAGCUUCCGUAACCGCAGGGAAGCGACCUCUUCCUUGGCAAGUCCAGUCUCCACGUGUGGAAAAUAAUGCCACUUCAGAAAUAGUCUCCGAGGCCUCCCAAGGACUCCGAAAACCAGUGAUGAAGAGAAAGGUCCUGCGGAGAAAGCCAGGGGGGGAAGUGCUAGUGACAGAUGAAUCGACUGUCAGUGAAUCAGAGUCUGGGAUGGAAAGUGAGACGGAUCUCUGGGACUUAAGACAAAGGCUGGCGAAUUUGCAGUUCCAGGAAGACAGGAAAUCCCCAAAUGAAAGGUCACAAAAAUUUAGUUUACCACACGAAUACCAAAGACUUACUCAAGAAGAUCAGCUCCUUUACUAUCUUCAAAGAGAAGGAAUGGCCCCCCCAGUUUAUGAACAAGACCUGAUUGUUGCCAGCCGACCCAAGUCCUUUAUUCUACCAAGGCUGGACCAGUUAAGCCGAAACCGGGGCAAGAUAGACCGGGUAGCCCGAUACUUUGAGUACAAACGAGACUGGGACGCAAUGAGGUUACCUGGGGAAGAUCAUAGGAAGGAAUUACGGUGGGGUGUUCGAGAGCAGAUGCUUUGUCGAGCAGAACCCCAACCCAAGCCUCAGCACAUAUACGUUCCAAACAACUACCUGGUACCAACAGAGAAGAAAAGAUCUGCGCUUCGUUGGGGUAUUCGUUGUGACCUUGCAAAUGGCAUCAUGCCCAGAAAGCCUCCCUUCCCUCUUUCUCCUUCUUAAAGCUGUCAUCUGUCCCUCUCAGGUCACAUUGGGGGGUAACAUGGCUCCUCAUAUCUCUUAAAUAGAAACAACUCACUCCAAACACGUAGACUUAAUUUCUGGCUCUCAAUUCCAGCAAUUACAAGAGAAAUCAUGCCAGAGAAUGAAAAACUGGGCCUGAUCUAUUUUGUUCUAGUAGUAAUAUUGAGUCAGGAAGCACCAUUUCUGUUCCAUAAGUUUUGUUUUUUGGUUUGUUUGGUUUUGGGGGGCUAACAUGAGCUGUUAUGUUUUGAUUCAUGUGUGUUUUUAAAGUUCUGGGUGUUCAAUUUGGCCAAUAAAGAAUUUUGGAAUUGG